GUAGUGUCUUCAAACGUGUGUAGGCUAACGGACACGUAGGAAAUGUAGCGACAGUAGGAGUAUUUUUUGUGUUUUUUGAGUGUUCUUUAAAAUAUUAACGUGCAUUUUUAACGACGGUGAGAAUGUGACGAAGUUGGAAGGGAACGUCACAGCUUUAUCGUUUAACUGAAUAAGUCUCGCGUUCUGCAGACCAGCAGCAGUCAUGGCUGAGGCUGGCGCUCACCUGACGUCCAGCACCGGCAGCGAGCAGCCGUCCAUCUUUGAGGUCUUGGCUCAGGAGUCUCUGAUGGAUGCGGUGAAACCAGCCCUGAGACAUGCUGUCAAGGUUCUGGCAGAAUCCAACCCCUCCUGCUUUGGUUUCCUGUGGCGGCGCUUCGAUGAGCUGUACCUGCUGCUGGACGUCCUGCUGCAGAAUCACUUCCUGUUGAACUGUAGUGCGUCCUUCUCGGAGAACUUCUACGGACUGAAAAGGGUUUCAGGAGGACGAGGCCUUCCUGUUCGUCUGGGGCUGCCGAGGAAGACCCGCUGGAGGUCUCUUCUUCUUCUCUGCCUGGUACCCUACCUGCGUGCCAAGCUGGAGGCCACGCUUGCACGCCAAAGGGAAGAGGAAGACUUCUCCAUACGGUUAGCACAGAGCAGGAGCCAGAGGCUGUACCGCGCGGCCGUGGCGGCUUACCCGUACGUCAACUCAGCCUGGCAGGCCUGGAUCUUCUGCCAGCAGCUGCUCUUUGUUUUUGGAGCUGUCCGUACCCACAAUCCUUUGCUGUGGCUGGCGAGGGUCCGACUGGCUCGACUCACCGAGAGAGAUAUCCGGGACAUGGAACUGAACGCGAGCAGAAGUUCCAGCCCGACCGGGACCAGUACUCUCCAGAGAAUGUGGUGGUUGACGUCACAAGCCACGAAGGGCGUGGCCAUCUCCCUGUCCACCUCCCUCUCUAUGGGGGUCUUCUUCCUGCAGUUCCUGGACUGGUGGUACUCCUCUGACAACCAGGCCACCGUGAAAACCCUCACCUCCCUUCCUGCUCCUCCGCCCCCCCUCCAUCUGGAGAUGGCCGACCACAGCGAGGAGCGCGACAGGACUCGGUGUCCGCUCUGCCGAAGGCUUCGCGUCAACGCCACCACGCUCUCCACGUCGGGAUUUGUCUUCUGUUACCGCUGCAUUUACACGUACGUGAAAGCCAACCACCGCUGUCCACUCACCGGCUUCCCGACGGCGCUGCAGCACCUCAUCAAGAUCUACUCUCCUGAGACCUAGACCGUAAGUGACCACUUUCUGUCGAGCACACUGGGGAACACUCAUGGAACUGAAAGACUGGCAAUCGUUAGCAACCUGUUUAUGUCCACAACUGUUUAUGUCGACAUAAACGGGCUCCACUGCAGAAGGUCUGUUAAUGACUCCAGUCUUCUUGAAUAGGACUUCCAUACACUGGAACCAAUUCCACCACUCUUCCAAUGUGCUAGGGGGCGACGUUGGUCCUUUCAGCUUCCUCAACAUGGAAGAUGGUUUGAAGUGUUUGCCUCUUUCCUGAUUUCUUUUUUUUGCACGUUUGUCACAUUUAAAUGUUUCACAUCAUCAAAUUUAACAAAAAUUGCACUUUUUAUUACUAAGGGAGAAAAAAAAAUCUAAACAGCAGCAAAAAAGCCCCAGACCACCGCACUACCACCACCGUUUUUUACUGGUCCAUGUAGGUUUGGAGUUUUUUUCCUCCCUUAAUAAGAAGUUUCAUUCAAAACUGCAUUUUAUGACUAAUAUUGACAUGUCUUUGAUGAUCUGAAUCAUUUAAGUGCGACACAGUAGGAAAUCAGGCAGGAAGGGGGCAAACCCUAUUUCACACAACUGUAUAUGCUAGUAGCUAACUGCUAACUUGUAAAAGCCUACUGCGUCUACAAUACUUUAGCUACUAUUUUAUAACAGGAAGUAGAUGUUGCUAUUAUAAAGUGGGAGAAAUAAAUAUGAGGGUUUUGCUCUGACUGACUAUUUGUAAACAAGGGCUUUAUUUUGAAUGCAUGGAUUACAUGCCUAUAACACUGUACAUAUUUUUAUAUUUAAAUAAUGUUUGGCUAAAAUUUGGCUGCCUGUUUUUAGACUUUCUCACUCACUAAUGUAGAGCAACAAAAUACAGAAGUAACAUUUUCUAAUCGGAUUGAAGAAAGUUAAAAUAUGUAUUUUUGAUAUGUUUACUUUAUAGCCAACAGGGAUGUGAUCAGGCGUCACAUGCUAACAUGCUAACAUGGCUUCUUCUAGUACCGGGGUCAUCAAAGCCAUUUUGGCCCCUCUUUUAUACUAAAGACAAAUCGUCUGGAGCCACAAAUGUAACACGAGACAUUCAGGAACGCGUUCUGAUGGGUCUAAAAUAAAUGUUGACAACUUUUUAAAUGAUAGUGUCGUCAUCUGUGACUUGCAUUUCUGAUGCUUGAUGAUCUUUCAGACUCAAGUUCAAGACUCAUGGUUAUUGGACGAAGAGUUACUUCAAGUUGAGUUUUACUGGUUGACCAUGCUCAAUGAAGACUCAGGUUUCAACUGACUCAUGGGUAUUCGACAAAGACUCGACUUUGACUGAUAAUCGGGUGCUUGAUGAAGAAUCAGGUUUCACUUGACUCACUGGUUGACAAAGACUUGAGUUUUACUGACUCAUGGGUGCUUGGCGAUGACUUGAGUUUGACUGAUUAUGGGGUGCUUGAUGAAGAAUCGAGUUUCACUGACCCACGGGUAUUCAACAAAGACUAGAGUUUCAUUGAAUCACGGGCAAUGGUUCUAGACGAAGAUUUGAGUUUCACUGACUCGCAGGUGCUGAACAAGACUUGUGUUUUACUGAGUCAUGGGUAUUCAACAAAGACUCUAGUUUGACUCACAGGUACUUUUUAAAGACUUGAUUUUCACUGACUCGCAGGUAUUUGAGAAAGACUUGAGUUUCACUGAGUCAUGAGUACUCUUCAAAGACUCAUGGGUAAGAGUGCUUGACAAAGACUUAAGCUUCACUGAUUCAUGGAUACUCUUCAAAGACUUGACUUUCACUCACUCAAGGGUCUCGGUGCUCAACGAUGACUUGAGAAUUUCCUGGGUAUAGGUGUGACUCAAACGCAACAAGCAGUCAGUGAAUUGCUUUAUUGAGUUUCCAGACAAAUUUAACAACAGGCCCACUUAAAAAAACAACAAAGAAACAUUAUUCAGGAGCAACAUCACAACAUUAAGAGUGAAGGAAUAAAAAAAAAAGUCCACAAAGCCCUGAACUGAACGUGUGAAUGAUCACUAAAAAGUCAGGAUCCCUUUCAAAGGAAAUGAGACGAGGAGGCGAACGGGGCUGAGAACAAAUAUCAUCAUCAGUAAUCGUCACAGUUAUAGAUUGCUUGAAUAGCGUGUAUUGCACAUGUGUACACGUAUUUGCAGUUUAUAUACACGUGAGUCAGCACACUAUGUAUCAUAGACACUCCAAGAGGAACAUUUGACUUUUUCUCAUCAACAACAAGGACAGAAGGAAUGUGCUUGUGAUCUGUGCCGACUCUACAAUAUUUGGAGUUUUGGAACAAAACAAAAGCAAAAAGGAGGGAACGUCCCUGCUGAAAACGAAGGUCCCACUCAUAUGCAACCUUCCCGUAAAAUGGCCAAAUAUAUACUCCCACAUAUCAGCAGGAUACUACACGUCAUAUGUACACCACAGUAUCAAACAUACCAACAAAUACGCAAGUCAUGAGCAGAAGUAUGUACUGUAGAGCAAGGGUGGGCGGAUGGACCUAAAUAUCCAUAGUAUCAGUAUCGCAUUGAUACUAGUAUGAUGACAUUGAUAGUUUUCACUUUUUGUUGUUCAUAUUAUAUUUAGAUAUUGUUUAUAAACUCGUGUAAUGAGUUAUCGGCCACAGGAAGCUUCUGGGGUGGGGGUUCGGGGGGAAACAAAUCACGUGUAUCAGAGCUUUUGUUUACUGACAGUAGAUCCCUGCAGAUUUGCAGAAUUAUUUUUUUUUGAAAAAGCUUCCGUCAAAAGCUUGACGGCGAUAUCUGCAGGAGGAAAAAAAGUGCGGCAACUACAAAUUCAGCAGAGGGCUCUUUCUCAAGUUAAUUCAAUCAACAUUUUCCAGCAGGAAGAUGCUUUGACAAGACGUGAUGUUUCUUUCUGAAUUUAAAAAGCCUUGAAUUCAUGCGAGAGGCAUAUUAAAGGGUUGGUGGUGUUUAUGGCUGU